AUGGUACCUUCAGCAAUUUCGGGUCUGCUGGUCGUCACUUACACUGCCCCGGUCGAAUUAGACGAGAGCGACAGCCAGAAACUUAGAUUUGAAAGUGCAUACAGCGUCAAGCGGGAGGAGGAAGAAAGUAAAAAACAAAUCGAACGGAAAUACGAAGGUGUCGUGCCGAUAAAAUUUCACUCUUACAGCGGUAAUAGCGGUGCGGUUGAUGGCACCGACGGUCUAAAAGUCGUUAGUAAUGCAAAUUUAAACAGAGAAACCCGCGCACAUUUUCCCACAUCUCCCCCAAUGCCCGAGCACAAACUAAAAUACGAGAUGAAUCCAAUAGAUGGCGAUCUCUCAGUCACCGAGAAAAAAGACGACGGUAGUUACUCUUUCAGCAUUUCCGAGAGUGGCAGCCAAAGACAAGUUGGACCGAAACCAAAGGAUAUUGGCAAUGUUAACCGCGAAUCUUACUCGGACUCCAUUCUCGAUAACACCGCCGUCAACUGGGUUGCCGACGAAAACGGAAUCCAAGUCCCCAGUGACCAUUUGCUCGAUUCUCCCCCGACAGAUGGAGGCGUCGGAAAAAUGCUCGCCGAUUUAAAGAAAUAACAGUAAAACGCUUUACAUUUCCUUCGGUACCGAAAACUGUUUUGUCUGGUUCAUCUGAUUUAACGCCCAGUCCGUUCAAUCAUAUUUAAACGAAUAAAAUUGUUUAAAAUAUCGGAUUGACUCCGGAUUGAUGUCAGAAAAUGCGUCAUAUUCACAAGUCUAAUACUGUAAUACAGUAACGAUCGACGAAAACUUGAAAUUAAAAAAUUUGCGGGACCCUAAUCAAAUCAAGUAUCACUGAACAACUUUGGUUUAAUUACGAUACUAUUAUCCCAACAAAAAUAAAAUUAAUUAAAAACAA